AGGACCAUUUGACACAAACCUGAAACAGAAAAGAGAAAUUCACGAUUCUGAAAUUCUAUAAGCAACAGAAACCAUAAGACAAACGACGCCAGGAGAUAUUCAUUUGUCUUCAACUUUGUAUUUAGGGGAAGAAAAGAGAUACACGGAGUCAUUGGUUGUGGAUGUCACGCUAGAAAAUCCGGCCGUUUUGAGAGGCUGGAGCCCAAACAAGGACAUGGAGAGUUACGAGGACUUUUGUCUGCGGAGCCUGGUCAGACUGCAGACGGAGAGCCAGGGGAAGAGCCAAGGCCAACAGACAGGUUGUGAGCCAACUGGUCCUGUGGAAGCUCUCUCCUUCAUCCACUUCCAUGGAAGGGCUGUGCUCUCCCCCUUGCUGAGUGUGGAGCAGCGCAGCGAGAUGUCCCAGUACAGACAGAGGGCUGCCCAGCUGGAGGUGGACAGACAGGCACUACGCAGCAACAGCCUGCUGGCCAGGGUUCAGGACAUCCUGGACAGUGCUCAGGUGGACAAAGUACCAGAGAUGGAGGGUAAAAUGGAUCUACCAACUCCGCCAUAUUGCCUUUCCCCAAAACCUGAGACAGUGAAUGGCUACACCCUGGUGACAGACUCCUCUGGGCUACCCAGGGGCGGUGGUGUGGUUGGGCUACACAUUACGGAUCGGCCCACCACCCCUCCACCUGAGUCCCCCAUAGUCCUGAAUGGGUACAGGGCAGAGGAGAGAGAGAAGCAGGUAGAGGAGGAGAGGUGGGAGGUAGAGGAGGAGAUGAGGAGGGGAGAGGAGGAGAUAGGUAGCGGUCAGGAUGUGAGUUUCCAGAGCCUUCUGAGGAGGUCGAGGGAGUAUGUGGAGAGAGAGCAGGCCCAGAGGGGGUCAAAGGUCAUCGGCAGGGUCACUUCCACCACCCCAUCUGCGGAGAGCCUCUCUGACAAGGAGAACGAGAGCCGCAGUCCUCUGGGAGAGAUGAAACCUGAACAGGGGUACAGCCUGCGCCACAGUCCGCUAAACCCAACUCAGACCCAGGCCCACAUCCAUCACCAGAGUCAGUAUCCUGCCCAAGCGCAAGCCCAGUACCAGGCUGUGUGUGACCCAUAUGACUCUCGGUUUAGCUGCCUCUCAUCUGGCCUCCCCGACCCUUACGCCCUCCUGCCCAGCCCUGAACCCAGCAUGAGUCCCCGCCCCCACCGCCACCGACCACGUCCAGUGUCCACUGGUAACAUCAUGAUCUCCUUCCCCAUUGGCUCGGCCGACCUCAUCCCCAGAGGGAUAGUGGGGAGGCACCAGGAGAGCACUGUUGUCAUGGCGACAGGGGUGAUGAGGUCACCGGAACGGGGGUCAGGCGUCAGUGACGGUAGUAGUCGUCGUGGCAGCCAGUGUGGCACCAGCCCGGUCCAGGAGAAGAGCUGCAGCCCCGUCAGUACCUCCGGAACUGGUUCACAUGGGCAUCAUGACAUCAUCAGCUCCGUGUUUCGCCGGCGCUGCCACACCCUAGACAGCCAGCUCCACUCCUCCCAUUCUGCCUCAGGACCUGGCAUGGACCACAGCCAGGAGAGGCUCCCGCGCUUCAUGGGGGGAGUGCCUCGUUUGGCCCCGAGCCGUAGGAGCCCCGCGGUCCCCCUGAAUCAGUCCUAUGAGGUGGAGAACCCCUCGGCAACGCUGCUAAGGCCCCACGUGAGACCCUUGACCCCUGACCUCUCUCCUUGCCAGAUGAGGCUGGAUCCUGAGGGGCCUCAGGGGCCCCAUGAUGGACGGAUCACACCCAGCUCUUCCCUAGAGGAGCAGGACAGUAAGACAGAGGAGACCCAGCGAUGUGUGAGUGCUCUGGAGGAGAUGCAGAGGCGCCUGGAGGAGGAGCAUGCCCUGCAGAUGUCUCUUCUCAUGGCUGAACAGAAGAGAGAACAACAGCGCCUCUGUCAGGAGCUGGAUGAGAAGGGGAAGAGGCUGAGAGAGCAGGGGUGUGGCCGGCUCCUGAGUGGGGACGGUGGACUCAGCCCUUCCUGCCCGAGCCUUAGCCCCACCCUGAGUGCUACUGAUAGGUCACCUAGACACAGUGUACACAGCAUGGGUUUCUCCUCUCCACUGAGAUCCAGUGCUCCCUCUCCCUCCAUGCAGCCUCCUGUCUACCUGUGGGGGCCCACCUGGGGGGCCAGCAAGCCCUGGGGAAGGCUCAGUCAGGUUGUGACAGUUGAACAGCAGAGGGCGCUGUGUCGUCUGGGAGCCAUCAGUUGUGGGUUCCUCACCCGCAGACUGCUCCAGACAGAGAAGGUGAAACAGCUGCGCCAGACCAUUCAGGACACACAAGAGUUCAUCUGCUCGUUCCAGACUGAAGCUCCACAGAAGAGAGGAUCCAUCUCAGCACAGGACCUGUCUCUGCAGGAGAGAGUCAGGGCACAGUUGCGUGCGGCUCGAUAUGACAUCCAUGACAUCUUCUUUGAGAUGCCCCUGGAGGAGAGGCUGGCUCUGCUGCAGCUGGACAGAGAGGUCCGCACAGAGAAGAAGCUACGAGAAAUGGAGAAAGCCAGGAGUCCUAAUGACAGAGUGCUGUCUGCUGCCACACAGAGGUCACUGGACAGGAAGAAGAGGGUGGGUGAGUCUCCAGGACAAGCCAGGAAAGUACAGAAGAAGCCAAAGAGCCCUCCCACUAACAGGAUCCUGAAGCCAAGUCAGGGUCAGAAUGCCUCUGUCCCAGGUCAGCUAAACCGACAGGGUCUGUCUGUCAGGAGCUGGUACAGAAAUACCCCGGAGGACAGAGUGAGGCGCUCAGACAGCCUGAAGAAGCAUAACUCCCUGGGCUAACUGAUUCCUCCCUCAGUCCCUCUAUGACCCCUCACUCCCUGACCCUUGACCUCUGAGCCUUCUAUCGGCCCCAUGUUCCACUAUGGUUUGACCACCACCAAUGCUACUAGUCUCUCUAACCUCCCUCUAACCUCCCUCUGACCUCCCUCUAACCUCCCUCUGAAGGUUCAGUCCAGUGCUCUCUGCCCAUCGAACACCCUACCAAAUGUAUUGUUACUAUAGUUACAUAGAUUUUCUACUAUUACAAACUUAUAAAUAUCUUAUAAAUAUCCCUUAGGUGUGAAUGCUGCUGUGCACUCUUGUGCCAAGAUAAUUCAUGCAUUAAUGCUGCUAGAUCGCUAUAUUUGCUGCUUAACUUGGAAAGACUUUGUAGCUAGAGGCCUUCAGUAGUGGAUAUGUAGUAGGGAGAAGGACUCAUAAAGAAGCAUUACAAAAGUAAAGGAAGUAGAUUCCAUUAGUUAGCGGUCUGGAUUGUCUUCUGACAGGUGGCGGCAUUCCUCCUCUAAUUUUAAUUUUAAUCUCCUCUAAUCAUCUUUAUUUAACCAGGCAAGUUAGAACAAAUCCUUAUUUACAACGACGGCCUACCCCGGCCAAACCAGGACGAAGCUGGCCAAGUUAGAACAAAUCCUUAUUUACAACGACGGCCUACCCCGGCCAAACCAGGACGAAGCUGGCCAAGUUAGAACAAAUCCUUAUUUACAUGACGGCCUACCCCGGCCAAACCAGGACGAAGCUGGCCAAGUUAGAACAAAUCCUUAUUUACAACGACGGCCUACCCCGGCCAAACCAGGACGAAGCUGGCCAAGUUAGAACAAAUCCUUAUUUACAACGAUGGCCUACCCCGGCCAAACCAGGACGAAGCUGGCCAAGUUAGAACAAAUCCUUAUUUACAUGACGGCCUACCCCGGCCAAACCAGGACGAAGCUGGCCAAGUUAGAACAAAUCCUUAUUUACAUGACGGCCUACCCCGGCCAAACCAGGACGAAGCUGGCCAAGUUAGAACAAAUCCUUAUUUACAUGACGGCCUACCCCGGCCAAACCAGGACGAAGCUGGCCAAGUUAGA